UGGACAUUCCAUUCAACUGCCCGUGGUGGGCAUUCCAGUCCACUGACCAUGCCUAGUUUGUGUGACUGACUUUCACCAGGUAGAACAAUCAACAAGGUCACCAUAAAAUUUUGACCAACACCAGGCCAGUAAAGUGACCACUGAAAACAAUUUCCACAUUUGUGAUCAAUGGACCCACGUUUAAGGAGAAGAAUUCCUUUGGUCUACCAAAAUGGUUUGAGUUUCAGUCUCUAAUUUCUUCCUUCUCAGAUACUCUGAUCUCCACCCAAAGGACACUAUUUGGUGAGAUGAAGCCAGUUUGUUGGUCAGCAGGAGCUCAGAAGCAAGAAAAUGUCCCAGUGGUAGAAGACAGCACCAUCUUCCUCAGCAGCAGCCCAUCGCUGGAAGUUUCCAGAGCGCUGUGCCAAUCGAGUGGCAGAGGGACUUUCAUUUAGAGACACUAAUGUGAGCCUUAUGUGAGAAAAUCGCAAACCUGUUUCUUGGAUUUGUUAGCCUUACUGUUUCUGAUACUUAGGUGCUGUCUCUUAGAGACCCUGAAACAGCCAAGACAUGGCUGAGGACUUGGAGGAAUCUGCAGGGAUUUUGGGUGAUAUUAACCUCACUCUUGGCAUGCUGAACAAGGAAGAUAAUAUUAGCAAGGAAGACAUUUAUGGUCAUCUCACUUCCGUUAUUCAGAAUACUGACAUCUUGGAUGAUGCAAUUGUCCAAAGGUUGAUUUAUUAUGCUUCUAAGGACAUGAGAGAUGACAAUAUCCUCAGAGAAAUCAGAAUGCUAGCUGGGGAGGUGUUGGUGUCUCUUGCCGCACAUGACUUCAACUCUGUGAUGUAUGAAGUACAAAGUAACUUCAGGAUUCUGGAGCUACCAAACGAGUUUGUUGUGCUUGCCCUGGCUGAACUGGCAACCAGCUAUGUGUCCCAGAGCAUUCCCUUCAUGAUGAUGACCCUGCUCACCAUGCAAACCAUGCUCAGGCUGACUGAGGAGGAGAGGAUGAAAGGAGCUUUCUGCAUUGCCCUAGAGAAGUUCAGCAGAGCCAUUUACAAGUAUGUCAACCACUGGAGAGAUUUCCCCUAUCCCAGAUUGGAUGCCAACCGCCUCUCUGACAAGAUCUUCAUGCUGUUCCGGUAUAUCAUGGACAAAUGGGCCUCCACGACCUCGCCCACGCAAGUGAAGCAGCCAGAAUCACUAAAGAAAACGGGUAACCACUGGAAGGAUAGUGGUAUGUUCUCCUCACAACACACCAUCAUUUGCCUUCCACACCCUGUGCUGCCCCCCUGCAGGCAAGCUCCAACUAACCUUAGAGAGCUUUUGUUCCAGAGUCUAAAGCAGAUCCUGACCGCAGCAGUCCUUUACAAUGUCAGCCUUCCGAAGGCCUUGAAGAAGGCUAUCUUCAUCGGUUUACUCCACCAGGUGUGCAGAGUUCCAGAGCCUCCAGAAAAAGAAAACGAAAUCGAAGCGUCAAACUGUUUCCUCAUUCUAGCCCAUUCAAGCCCUGCAGACCUGGUGGAUUUUUUUGAUGAACAAAUGAGAAAUAAUAAUGAAGCCAUUCGAACAGGAAUCUUGACUUUGUUAAGAUCGGCUAUCAGUGCUGAGGAGCCCAAGUUGAGGGAUCAUAUCACUUCAAUUGAAAAAGCAGUCAAAGUCGUCAUGGGUGACCUCAGUAUUAAAGUGAGGAACUCCACCCUCCUCCUCAUCCAAACCAUGUGUGAAAAAUGCUACAUUGAAGCCCGGGAAGGCUGGCCACUGAUCGACUACAUCUUCACCCAGUUUUCAGUGUCCAGCAAGAAUCCGGAGAAACCAAUAAAACCUAACUCCCAGGAGACUGAAAAGGGAGAGACAUCUAUCCGAGAAAUAAGCCUGGAGGUCUUAAAAACCCUGGACCCACUGGUCAUUGGAAUGCCUCAGGUGCUGUGGCCCAGAAUCCUGACUUUCGUGGUACCUGCGGAAUAUACGGGAACGCUGGAAUACCUGUUUAAUAUCAUCAGGAUUCUGUUUAUGGCAGAGGAAAGAAAGAAGAAGAAUGCCAAAGAGUCAACAGCACUUGUCAUCUCUACAGGAGUUGUGAAACUUCCUUCACCGCAACAGCUACUGGCCAGACUUCUGGUAAUAUCUAUGCUCGCUAGUGUGGGGAAAUUGCUUGGGGCUGGUGCAAUAGGACUUUUGAAGAUAUUGCCUGAGAUAAUUCACCCAAAUUUAGUAGAGUUGUGGAAAACACGCAUACCUGAACUUCUACAGCCUUUGGAAGGAAAGAAUACUAGUAUCGUGCUGUGGGAGACCAUGCUGCUUCAGUUGCUCAAAGAAUCGUUAUGGAAGAUCAAUGAUGUAGCCUGGACCAUUCAACUGAGUCGGGAUUUCAACCAGCAAAUGAAUAGUUACAGCAACACCUCUGUCGAGAAGAAGUUUCUUUGGAAAGCCUUGGGAACCACCUUAGCAUCCUGCCAAGAUGUGGACUUUGUAAGCUCACAGAUUAAGGAAUUUCUGGCUGCUCCCCACCUCCUGGGGGACCAACGCCAGGGAAUAACAUCUGUCUUAGGAUACUGUGCUGAGAAACACUUUGAAGUUGUCUUAAAAGUUCUUAAAACAUUCCAAGAUCGGGAAAAGUUUUUCAUGAAUCGAUGUAAGGGUAUUUUCUCUGGGAAAAAGAGCCUGAGCAAAACAGAUGUCAUGGUAAUCUAUGGAGCCGUAGCCCUCCAUGCACCCAAGAGUCAACUCCUAACCAGGCUUGAUCAGGACAUUGUAUCCCAAGUCCUGUUUCUCUACGGCCAGUGCUCUCGGGUUCUGGGCAUGUCUGUGGUGAACAAGGACAUGGAUCUGCAGAUGAGUUUUACCAGAAGUAUCACAGAGAUUGGUAUUGCUGUCCAGGAUGCUGAGGAUGAGAAGUUCAAGUUCUCCUACAAGGAGGUGCUGCUGGGUUACAUGCUGGACUUCAUCAGGGAUGAGCCUCUGGAUUCCUUGGCCAGCCCUAUUCGGUGGAAAGCCUUAAUCGCCAUCAGAUACCUCAGUAAACUGAAACCUCAACUCUCGCUGAAUGAACAUCUUAAUAUUCUUGAGGAGAAUAUUCGAAGGCUGCUGCCCCUUCCACCUCUGGAAAAACUCAAAAAUGAGGGUGAGACGGACAAAGACAAGGAGCACAUCCAAUUUCUCUACGAACGAUCCAUGGAUGCUCUCGGAAAGCUGCUGAAGACCAUGAUGUGGGAUAGCAUGAAAGCAGAGGACUGCCAAGAAAUGUUUAAUCUUCUCCGAAUGUGGCUUGUCUCACAAAAAGACUGGGAAAGAGAGAGAGCCUUCCAGAUCACCUCGAAAGUGCUGACAAAUGAUGUCAAGGCACCAGAGAAUUUUAAGAUCGGCUCACUCCUCGGCCUCCUGGCUCCUCACUCCUGUGACACCCUGCCCUCCAUCCGCCAGGCUGCUGCUAGUUCGGCUGUUGGUCUGUUCUGUAUAAAAGGUGUUCACCUGGAAGUAGAAAGACUACAGGAUUUGCAGGAAGGGCUGCAAUGUGAUGAUGUGCAGGUCCAGAUCAAGAUUUCCUCCAAAAUAGCAAAGAUUGUCAGUAAACUCAUCCCCAGUGAAGAAGUGCUCAUGUUCCUGGAGGAAACCCUGGAUGGUCUGGAGAGCCUCAACCCCUCAUGUACAAAGGCCUGUGGCGUCUGGAUGAUCACCGCCCUGAAGGAACAGGGAGCUACUUUGGAAGACCAGCUGUUGGAGAUCUUGGGCAUAAUUUACCAUCACAUGCCGGUCCUCAGACAAAAGGAGGACAGUUUUCAAUUUAUGCUGGAAGCCGUCUCUCAGAUUGCCAGCUUUCACAUGGACGCAGUGGUUGCCAACCUUUUACAGAAGCCUCUGCCCUUUGACAGGGACACAAAGACACUGUGGAAAUCUCUGGCUGAGAACUCAGCUUCCAGUGGCAAACUCUUGCGAGCCUUAGUCGACAAACUGGAGAACGAGCUAGAAGAUGACCUAGCUGGGAUAGAGGCGAUAUCUGUGGCCUGUGCCAUGUAUGAAGUGGUGUCCACGGGCACCCCUGUCGGGAGUCUGUACCCGGAGCUGUUCGCGCUUCUCCUGAAGCUGGUCAGCUGCACGCUCGGUCAGAAGAUGCCCACCUCCGCCCUCAGCCGCCGGCGGCGGGUGAUGCCGCAGGGCGAGCAGCAGCAGAUAGCUGACCCCUGCAGGCUCUCAACUACAGCUCUGAAGUGUGUGCAGGCCCAGGCCAUGAGAGAAGGGCUGACCAAAGAAUCUGAUGAGGGAGACAACGUGUGGAGCCUCCUCAGCAGCCCCAAUACCCACCACAUAGGAGUCUGUGCACUGGCCAGGAGCAUGGCCGUGUGGCAACAUGGAAUCAUACUGAACAUCACAGAACAACUCCUCCCAUCCCUGACCUCCUCCUCGGAGAACUACCGGAUAACGGGCACCACUUUCUUCUCUGAGCUCAUGAAGGAGCCAAUCCUUUGGAAGCAUGGGAAUCUACGCGAUGUGCUUGUUCUGAUGGAUCAGAGCGCCUGGGACUCCAACCCCAUCCUGAGGCAAAUGGCCAUCCGGGGUCUCGGGAAUACAGCUUCUGGAGCCCCUCACAAGGUGAAGAAGCACAAGCAGAUAAUGCUAGAAUCUGUCAUCAGAGGCCUCUAUCACUUGGCCCGCACUGAGGUCGUCUGUGAAAGCUUGAAGGCUCUAAAAAAGAUUCUGGAGCUGCUCACAGACAGAGAUGUGAGCUUCUACUUCAAAGAAAUAGUGCUGCAAACAAGAACCUUCUUUGAAGAUGAGCAGGAUGAUGUGAGGCUGACUGCCAUCCUCUUAUUUGAGAAUCUGGCAUCCCUAACAGGAAGAAGGUGGAAGAUUUUUUUUGCUGAAGAAAUAAAAAAGAGCAUGAUUUCAUUCCUUCUCCACCUCUGGGACCCCAAUCCCAAGAUUGGAACUGCUUGCCGUGAUGUCCUGAUCAUCUGCAUUCCUUUUCUGGGCCUCCAGGAACUCUAUGGGGUAUUAGACCAUCUCUUGGAUGGUCAGGAUCUUCCAAGGGCCAGGGAUUUUUACAGGCAGUUCUGCAUGAAGCUGUCAAAGAGAAACCAAGAAAUCCUAUGGAUCCUCCACACACACUCAUUCACCUUCUUCAGCAGCAGCUGGGAGACCAUCAGGAGUGCAGCCAUCAAACUCACAGAUGCCAUUGUUCUCAAUUUGACCUACCAAUAUGUGGAGCUAAUAGACAGAGAACAACUGACCACACGGCUCCAAGCACUUCGACAGGACCCCUGUAUCAGUGUCCAGAGAGCAGCCGAAGCUGCCACGCAGACCCUCCUAAGAAAGUGUAAAGAGAUAAGUGUCCAUCUGUAAACCAUCAGGAAAUAAACUGCUAGGCUUUUUCUAUAA